UCGACCCCGCUAGAAAACAUCGAAACAUGGAAUUCGCGCCCACAUUUUAGUUUGUACGCCCAGGAAGACCAAAAAUCGAAUUCCAGUUUUCAGAUUUCAUUUCGUUUGCCAUUCCACACUUCCGGAAAAUCAUGGCCAGGGUUCCCACCAAGCACAAUCGUGAUCCAGUGCCGGAUUUCCAAGGGUUUUUGAACAACUUGCAAGAUUGGGAGCUUUCGUUCAAAGAGAAAGACAAGAAGUUGAAAACUCAAGCUCAGGGAGAGAGAAAAGUGGUGUCUUCAUCUCAGGAUACUGGAAAGUUUGGCGGAGAUCAAGAGCUCUCAGGCAAAAUCUUACCAGAGGAUUAUUUGAGAAAUAAUGCACACGGAUAUGACUUUUCAAGGAACUUUGGUGCGAUGAGUCAUAUGUCAAGUGGCUUUUUGGCUGAAGAAAAUUCUCCAGAUGCAGCUUCGGAGAAGGAAUUGGGCAAUGAGUAUUUCAAGCAGAAGAAGUUCAAAGAAGCAAUUGAUUGCUAUUCGAGAAGCAUUGCAUUGUCACCUACAGCUGUUGCUUUUGCAAACAGAGCCAUGGCCUGCCUCAAAAUGAAAAGAUUUGUAGAGGCUGAGAGUGACUGUUCGGAAGCCUUAAAUCUAGAUGACCGCUAUGUAAAAGCAUAUUCAAGGCGUGCAACAGCCCGAAAAGAACUUGGGAAGUAUAAAGCAUCCAUGGAAGAUUCUGAGUUUGCGCUGAGGCUGGAACCCCACAACCAAGAGCUAAAGAAGCAGUAUAAUGAGGCAAAAGGAUUGUAUGAGAGGGAUAUUCUCAAGAAGGCUGCUACAGUGGUAAAAAACUCCAUUCAAGGGGCACCACAAGUUGAAGUCAAAGGGGAUCUUUGGAGUGGUCAUUUGGUCUCUAAUACCUCUCAAAAGAUUGAAUUGGAUCACAACAAGGAGAAAAAUGUGAAAGCUCCUGAUAUAACUAUGAGGAAUGGAAGCAGCAGUGAGGGACAAGAACCUGAUGGAUCUCAAGAACAUGUGAGCCUAAGUUCCACAGCGGAGAGUGCUAAGCAGUUCAGGAUGUCAGUGCAAGAACUUGCUUCAAGAGCAGCUUCUCGAGCCGUGGCUGGAGCUGCCAAAAACAUUACACCACCGAAGUCGGCAUACCAGUUUGAGAUUUCGUGGAGAGGGCUAUCUGGUGAUCGUGCACUACAGGCUCGUUUGUUGAAGGGUGUAUCACCAAUGACCUUGCCACAAUUGUUCAAAAAUACACUGUCUGCUCCGAUACUGAUUGAUAUCAUAAGGUGUAUAGCCACCUUUUUCAUGACCGAAACUGAGCUUGCAGUCCAAUUUUUGAAUAACUUGAUCAAAGUGGCACGAUUUGACAUGAUCAUCAUGUGUCUCUCUGCCUCAGACAGGGCUGACAUGCAGAAGAUAUGGUGUGAAGUAUUCUCUACUGAUGGCAAGUACGCUGAGAUUCUCAGAAAACUACAACUGAAGUACUGCUCCGGAUAUGGCAUGUUGAGUCCAAUGGCUCAGUGAAAGAAUCAUUGACUCAGUCAAAUUUUGCAUUUCCUCCAUUCAAAACAUUCCCCUCCAUAACAAUCAGGCAACAUGCUGAUAUGCUCCACCUCUUGCUUCUUUCCUUGGGAGCCUUUCUUCUCCCUUAUGUUCAAUAUAUUUAGGUCUUCUGUUUAUAUAAUUUUUUUUGGAUAAUU